AUGUUGUUUUCCGCGUUGUUUCUACUAUCGUCCCUGCAUAAUGUCGUUGCACAGCGCCUUGACGCUGACUUGAUGUCCUUCGUCACGCUGCCCGAAGUGCGAGCCUUGAAAUGGGACGUCCAGUACCAUGACCGCGCACGCGCCGACCCCGGUUACUGGUUCGUUGCGCCGUACGGCCAAAUCAGCCCUGAACAGCCCACCAAGAAGUACCAGCAAUAUCAGGUCGGCCCGUAUAUCUACGACGACAAUGGGAUGCUUAUCUGGGCCGGAUCGCCAACCUGGCAAAACCAGAACGUCUUCGAUUUCCGCCCGGUUCACGACCUCGCCACCGAUAAGGGUACACACAUGUCGAUGAUCGUGAACUGGGAAACCGACGGGGUGCUUAAGGGCAAGGGCGUGAUGAUGAACACGCACUACCAUGUUGAGAAUGAAGUGAAUGUCCUGGAUGACAUGCACGACUUUAACAUGCACGAGUUCAACAUCUUGCCCGGCGGCAAGACGGCCGUGGCCUGCACCUACCACUCCCGAGAGAUCAACAUGGAGGAUUUCGGACGUCCGACGGAGAGCAGCUGGAUUAUCUCCGGUGGCUUUGUGGAGGUGGAUAUGGAGACCAGUGAGGUCCUGGUCCAGUGGGAAAGUUACGACCAUAUUCCCCUGCAUGAAUCUAACAUGUUUCAUGCCUGGGACUCGCCCCAGGGUUUCCCGGGCUGGGACUAUGUCCACAUCAACGCUGUCGACAAGAACGAGGCCGGAGACUAUCUCAUCUCCCUUCGCUUCACUGACACGAUCUAUGGUAUCUCCGGCGAGGAUGGCCGCAUCAUGUGGCGCCUGGGUGGUAUCGAGAGUAACUUCGAUAUGGACUUUACCUUCUCUAAGCAACACGAUGUAAAAUUCGUCUCCUCGAACGGUACUCACCAUGUGAUCUCGUUGCUGAACAACGCCUCCGACGAGCGAGGCAACGACGAGAAUAUCUCGUCCGCUCUGUUCAUCGAAGUGGACACCGUUGCCAUGACCGCCCGCGUCAUCAACCGCAUCAACCGUCCGGAUAGCGCUCUGACCCGUCUCCGUGGCAGUGUUUCGACUCUCGCCAACGGCAAUAUCUUCGCCGGCUGGAGUGAGUUCGGCUACCAGAGUGAGCACGCCCCUAACGGCGACGUCCUGAUGACUGCUCGCUUUGCCUCGGACCGGUAUUCGACCUACCGUGCCUACAAGUCCGACUUUAUUGGCCGUCCCACCACUUCCCCGGACGUCGUGGCCUCCGUCUACGGUACCAGCGACGAGGACAUUACCACCAUUAUAUACGUUAGCUGGAACGGAGCGACCGACGUCGUCGGAUACAACUUCUACGCGCAGGCCUAUGACAGUGGUGCCCGUGUUAAGAUCGGCCACGCCAACAAGUCCGAUUUUGAGACUAUGUAUAUUGUGGAUGGCUACAUGGAUUGGAUCAGUGCCGAGGCCCUUGGCGUCAACGGCAAAGUCAUGAGCACUUCCCGUGUGACACGCAGCGGCAUUCCUGAGAACUGGAAGGCCGUUGGUUUCCUCGGUGAGUCGGGUCCGACCCCAGAUGACCCGUCUAUCAUCGUGUCCGUCAACAAGGGCUCCGACUUUGGUGACAAGACCGUCACCGACACCGAUAGUGCCGACAGCAUGGACGGCGUGGGCAUGUCCGACGACACCAGCUCCAACACAGUGGACCCCUCCCACACAUCCUACGCUGACGCCAAAGAAGUCGCCAAAGCCGUCUACACAGCCUACGAAGUAAUCCGCGGCGUAGGCGGCAUUCUCAUCCUCAUUUUGGCAACCUGCUCCAUUGGUGGCGCCCUCUACGGCGUAUGGCGCAUGCUCCAAAACCGCAAGAGACGCUCCUACCAUCACGUCCCCUCCGAAGAGGGCGCACCCGUGGAAGAAAUCCACCUCCGCCAACAACCCGAGUGA